AUGUGCAGCGAUGUGAAACUUGAGCUUCAGCAGAUCCCAUUCAUGACGAAAGCUGGCGAUUACAGUGUACAUUGUGCUGAAAAAGCUGAGUUCUUACAAAAUUUAUUGCGACACAGGAUAAUCUCUUCGGUAACGUUGCAUGACCGCUUUCAUCUUAUGAGUAGAGGAUAUCUGCCGAUUGUGAGUGGUCUCAAGGCAAUCCAUCUUGAACGAAAACCAGUAACUAUCAUAUCGAAUUCGACCUUGAUCACAACCAAGAAGGAACGUCACGAGGUACGUCUUCUGCUCGGAUAA